CUUUUAUAUGAAUAUAUUGAGAUUUAGGGUAUUAUCUAUAUAUUAUCUUAAGGUACCCAUUCAUUCCCGUAAUAUUUUCAGAAACAGCCUUCUACUCCCCUUUCCACUAUCUUUCAAAAAAAUAUUUAUUUAAAUUAAGAUUACAAAUUAUCUUUAUUUUUUAAUUUUUUUUUUCCAUAAAAAUUUUGCGAAUAAAAUAGAAAGAGAUUAUGUUAUAAUUAUUUUUCACAUUUAUUGUUAUUUAACACAAUUCUUUAUUAUAACCAACGGUUACUAUCCUCCUUUCAGUAACUCUAUCGUUACACUUCAUUCAACUUUGAUAUUCAAUCCAUUACGCAAAGUUACAAAUGAAUGAACAUAAAUUUUUUCAUUAUGCACCAAAUUAUGAUAAGUUUUAUCAUAUAACUUGCCAAAUUAUUUUACAAGGUUCUGACUUCUUUGAUGACCGCAAUUAUGAUCAUGGAUUUUUUUAUAAUAUUAAUCAUACAGAAAAUUAUUAUAUCACAUGUGAAAUACUACCACAUUCUUUGAUCGCAAACAUGUUGAACAGAAAAACAUACGGAAUAGAUAUUGGUAUAAAUAAUUCGGAACGAAAAGAAGUAUUAUCUUUGCAUCAAAAAUUGAAUUUGGAACAAGAUUUGGAACGAAUCCUUCCUUUUCAUCUUACACAACAUCAUACUUCUAAUAGGGAAUUAAAAAUGAAUUCUGAUCGAAACCUAAAUUCUCCUUACGGAUAUAAUACUCAAACAAUUUCAAUAGGAGAUAGUCAAACUAAUUUUGAUAAUAGUUUCUCUAAACAAAUUGAACUUGGAUAUUAUACAAAUAAUGUUACCAGUUCACAACAAGGUAAUUUCAAUAGUAUACCGCAACAAAUUCCCAAAAGACCAGGUAAUAAUGGAAAUGCAAAUUCAUUUUGUGGAAAUAUCGGAAAUAAUGUAAUGACAACACAAGCAGUUUCGAUCACCAAUAGCCAAGGCAAUGGUUUCCUUCAAUCCAUCAAUCCUUUUUCAACAUCUGCGACACCACAAAAUAGAGUUAUUCAUAAUGUCACUACUAAUUCACAACAACAAAUUGAUUUCAAUAAUAUUUCACUACACAUUACUGAUAGAGAAAUGGGAUCGUUUCAUGAAGUAUUAACAAGAAAUUUUGCCUACACAUGGCAACAAGUUGAUCUCAACAAUAAUUGUAGAGACACAGAUUUGUAUGGUGGAAAUAUCAGAAAUAAUGUGAUGACAACACAAGCUAACGGCUUGACGUACGAUUACCAAGACAUAAAUGAUAUUCACCAAUCACAGCAACAAGUUGACUUUAAUAAUAAUUAUGGGAACUCGUAUAAUGAAAAUAUUGAAAACAAUGUAACGACUUCGCAAGCUAAUGGCUUGACAUGCGAUCACCAAGAUAUAGUAAAUGAUAUUCAUCAAGUUAAUCAUAUCAACAACAAUUAUAGAGGUACAGAUUCGCAUAAUGAAAAUAUUGAAAACAAUGUGACGACAACACAAGCUAAUGACUUGACAUGCGAUCACCAAGAUAUAAAUGAUAUUCAUCAAGUUAAUCAUAUUAACAAUAAUUAUGAGGACAUAGAUUCGCAUAAUAGUAAUAUUGAUAACAAUGUAAUGACAUGUGAUCGCCAAGAUGUAAGUGAUAUUCAUCAAGUUACAAGAUAUAAAACAUUAAAAAUUGUAGAACAAGAAAAUAUUGUUAAUAAACGAUGGGUACAAGCAAUUCGGGCAAGUUUCAAGGAUGUUAAAAAUUUAGUAGUAACUGAUAUUAAUAAGUGUGAAAGACAAAUUGCAAACCCACGCACUUGGAUAGACCACAAUAAGCAUACAAUGUUUUUAGAAAAGUGA